AUGCCCAUCAACACAUGGCUCACCACUCACCUUGGGAUGAGAAUACCACUUGUCCAGGGUGGAAUGAUGUGGGUUGGUAAAGCCGAACUCAUCUCCGCCGUCGCCAACGCUGGCUGUCUGGGCUUCAUUACAGCCUUGACACAGCCUACGCCAGAAGCUCUCCGAGCAGAGAUUCGGAAAUGUCGGUCUAUGCUCGAGCCCGACGCUGUGCCGUUCGGCGUCAACAUCACCCUGCUCCCGGCUAUCAAUCCACCGGACUACUUGGCUUAUGCAAAGGUUUGCGUUGAGGAGGGUGUGAGGAUUAUUGAAACUGCGGGUGACCCGAGCAAGAUCCUGAAGUAUGUGAAGGACAAUGGGUGCACAGUCAUUCAUAAGUGCGUCACCCUGAAGCACGCCUUGCGGGCAGAGAAGCUGGGAGUCGACUGCAUCUCGAUCGACGGCAUCGAAUGCGCAGGUCACGGAGGCGAAUACGACACGACAUCGCUGAUGCUAUUGUCACUUUGCGCGGAGCAGCUCAAGAUCCCGUAUCUUGCGUCGGGAGGAUUUGCGAACGGGCGGCAAUUUGCGGCCGCGAUCGCGCUUGGCGCGGCUGGUAUCAAUAUGGGCACGAGGUGGAUGGCUACGAAGGAAGCGCCGAUCCAUGAAGCGGUAAAGGACGCUAUAGUCAAGGCCACCGAAAAUGACACAGUGCUCGUGCUGCGGAAGUUUAGGAAUACCACCCGGUUGCACAAGAAUAAGGUCAGCAUGGAAGUAUUCGACAUUGAGAACACGAAGCAGGAUGUGGAGUUCAAGGAUGUGGCGCAUCUCAUGAGCGGGCAGCGUGGAAAGGGCGUGUAUGAGACUGGUGAUGUUGAUGCUGGUGUGUGGAGCUUGGGAAUGUGUGCGGGUUUGAUUCAUGAUGUGCCCAGCUGUAAGGAGUUGGCAAAGAGGAUGGAAAGUGAGGCUGAGGCCAUAUUUGACAAGGCGAACUCGCAGAGGACUCCUAGAGCUAGGCUGUAG